UAAAAAAUCCGGAAUGGAAGCUACCUACGUGCAGUAGUGUCACAUGAGAAUUUAGAUAAUUCCACUUACAGCUUGCUUAUAAAGCCGAGGCGCUACAAAAAUGGUACACAUCGUAACCAUUUAUUGUAGACAGUUUGGCAAAGAGAGCUUUUUGGGUGUGGGAACUUGCAUUAACUUAUAUUAAGUAGUAAUGACUUAAUGGACGAAGAAGGCACUGAUUGGUAGAUGUGAAGAAGGCAACUAAUUAAGUAGUGACUAAUUAAACUUGCAUUACCUUUUUGGGUGUGCUUCAUUUUUUGCACGAAUUGUUUGGAAACAAUGUGAGUUUGGAAAUGGGUUUUGGUUGUUUGCUGAAUAGGAAGCUUAUAUGAAAGGUGGGUGUGCCAUUUAUAAGGCUGAUUUGAAAGAAAAUGGUACACAUUGUAACCAUUUCUGUAGACAGUUUGGCAAAGAGAGCUUUCAGGUGUGGAAACUUGCAUUAACUUAUAUCAAGUAGUGACUAAUUAAAUGGACAAAGAAGGCACUAAUUGGUAGAUGUGAAGAGAGAAAUACUGUUUCUUCUUGAAGUAAAAGCAACUUUUUUGUCAUUAUAGAAGAAAUUUGUUUGAUAAGUGCAAGUAUUAUGCUAGCUGUCCCUAACAGAAAUUAUGAAACGUGGGAAGGGAUACUUUGUUUAAUCUUCCUGGAGAAAGGGGCAGGGACAUGGCUUCUCAAGACAUUAGGUCAGGCGGUGAAAGAGGUAGAUAGUGUGAAGUUCAUCGGGAAGUUCAGGGACCCCAGAAAGCUUUCCUGGGAAUGAGAUGCAGUAAUUCCCACGUGAGCUAUUUGGUCUUUGAGGAAUUUAGUGGCGGUGGGCAGAGGGGCUUCAUCAUCAUCCCCGAGGUGAAGCAGACACCGCCGGAGGCCAUGGCAAUCAACCUGCCUUCAUUGGAGAUUCAGGAAGCACCGGGUUGUUGGUCCUACACGCAGGUGGUUAGCAGCAACACCACCAUAAUCAACAAAGAAGCUGGUGGGUCUUUGGGUGGAGCUCAGCACAGAGUAAGGUUGCCCAGAUGGAUGCAGUGAGAUGAAUUCUGUCCACACCGAGCAGCCAGCUGGGCAGGCCCUCCCUUCGGUAGGAAGAAAGACAAGGAUGCUGUUAGUCUGCAAGGGCAUUGGAUGUACUGAACUUCACUUCUCUUAAUGGAAGGCCUAUUAGGAUAAUGUAUUCUCAUCGUGACCCUAGUAUUCGCAAAAGUGGGGCUGGAAACAUAUUUAUUAAGAAUUUGGAUAAGGCAAUUGACCACAAAGCGUUACAUGAUACAUUUUCGGCGUUUGGGAACAUUCUUUCUUGCAAGGUAGCUACAGAUUCCUAUGGCCAGUCAAAAGGCUAUGGAUUUGUGCAAUUUGACAGUGAUGAAGCUGCCCAAAAAGCUAUAGAGAAGUUGAAUGGUAUGCUAUUGAAUGAUAAGCAAGUUUUUGUUGGACCCUUCCUUCGCAAGCAGGAACGAGAAAGUGCUCUUGACAAGACAAAGUUCAACAAUGUUUUUGUGAAGAACCUCGCUGAAUCUACAACUGAAGAAGAUUUGAAUAAUUUUUUUGGAGAAUUUGGAGCUCUCACCAGUGUUGUGGUGAUGAGGGAUAUGGAUGGGAAAUCAAGGUGCUUUGGUUUUGUCAACUUUGAGACUGCAGAUGAUGCUGCUAGGGCUGUUGAGGCCCUUAAUGGGAAGAAAAUUGAUGAUAAGGAGUGGUAUGUCGGGAAAGCACAAAAGAAGUCUGAAAGGGAAGUUGAAUUGAAACAUCGAUUUGAACAGAGUAUGAAAGAGGCAUCCGACAAAUAUCAAGGGGCAAACUUGUAUGUUAAAAAUUUAGAUGAUAGCAUAGGUGAUGACAAACUUAAGGAACUUUUCUCUCCAUUUGGUUCCAUUACCUCUUGCAAGGUUAUGCGAGACCCUAACGGAAUAAGUAGGGGAUCAGGGUUUGUUGCAUUCUCUACUCCUGAAGAGGCAUCUAGAGCUAUCUUGGAGAUGAAUGGCAAAAUGGUAGUGAGCAAACCUCUGUAUGUUGCACUUGCACAACGUAAAGAAGAUCGAAGAGCUAGGUUGCAGGCUCAAUUUUCUCAAAUGCGACCAGUUGCAAUGACAUCUUCAGUUGCUCCUCGUAUGCCAAUGUACCCCCCUGGUGGUCCAGGUCUUGGACAACAAAUAUUCUAUGGCCAAGCCCCACCUGCUAUCAUUCCUUCCCAGCCUGGAUUUGGGUAUCAGCAGCAACUCGUUCCUGGUAUGAGGCCCGGUGGGGCUCCAAUGGCGAAUUUCUUUGUGCCAAUGGUUCAGCAGGGGCAGCAAGGGCAGCGUCCUGGUGGCAGGCGUGCAGGGGCUGUGCAGCAAACGCAGCAGCCGGUUCCACUGAUGCAGCAACAGAUGCUUCCAAGGGGGCGUGUCUACCGUUACCCUCCUGGGCGUAGCCUUCCCGAAGUUCCCAUGCCUGGUGUCGCCGGAGGCAUGUUUUCUGUUCCAUAUGACAUGAGUGGUAUGCCACCACGUGAAACAUCUUUCUCUCAGCCAAUUCCUAUAGGGGCUUUGGCUACUGCCCUUGCAAAUUCUGCUCCAGAGCAGCAGAGAACGAUGCUGGGUGAGAAUCUUUACCCACUUGUGGAACAGCUGGAGCCUGAAAAUGCGGCUAAGGUAACAGGCAUGCUUCUGGAGAUGGAUCAGACUGAGGUGCUGCAUUUGCUUGAGUCACCGGAGGCACUGAAGGCGAAGGUGGCUGAGGCUAUGGAGGUUCUGAGGAAUGUUCAGCAGCAGCAGGCUGGCAGUGCAGCGGAUCAACUAGCCUCAUUGUCACUGAAUGACAGCCUCGUCCCCUAAGAUGAUUAAAUUUGAAUGCGUGGUUAUACAAUUUUAAAUGGUUUGAAAUUAUUUAGGCGUGUGUGGCUUUGAUUCAGUUCAAAGUGAGUGCCUUACGUGGUGUAGGCUGGUUUCGUUUUGUACUAUUGAGUUAUUUUUCAUGCUUUACUGCCAUCUGUCGCUUCUGUUUUAACUUGGAAUGAUGGUGCAUAACAUGUUGGAUUUGAUA